AUGAUCACGUCCAGCUUGAAUGGAUCUAUCAAGAAGUUUGUUUUGGCUUACAAUGAAAAAAUGCUUUUUCCAGGUCUGUACUACCUGCUUAGUGGUAAUGGUCAUUUGUUCGAUAUCGGCUGGGUUUUAUCGGAAACCUCUCCUUACCUAUGGGCAUGUGUGGGCGUUGGAUUAGCUGUUUCCCUCUCUGUUGUUGGAGCCGCCUGGGGUAUGUACAUCACGGGAUCCAGCAUACUGGGUGCUGCUGUAAAAGCGCCUCGCAUUCGCACAAAGAAUCUCGUUAGUGUCAUCUUCUGCGAAGCAGUGGCAAUUUACGGGAUCAUCAUGGCUAUUGUCUUAUCAAGCCUGAUCCUUGUGACUACACCGCAAAUGAUCAGGAAUUUUCACCGGGCCGGCUACUCGAUUUUCGCCGGUGGUCUCACGGUCGGAUUUUGCAACUUGAUAUGCGGUGUAUGCGUCGGUGUUGUCGGGUCCGGUGCAGCGCUGGCAGACGCGGUUAAUGCGAACUUAUUCGUGAAAAUCUUGAUCGUGGAAAUCUUUGGCAGUAUCAUUGGGCUGUUUGGAGUGAUUAUUUCCAUCAUGCAAGUGAGUUCAUGA